GAAUGACGAGUUCUACUGAUUAGUAUAUGGUACGCGUCUUGCAAAAAAAAAACGCGUUUUAGUUUUUCAGCUUACGAAAACUAAUGAAAAUGGACAAAGCAACUUAUAACGAUUCCUUAAGGGAUGUUAUUUUCAAUAUUUGUAAUGCUUUGGGAGGUUUUGAAGCAGUACAGAAGAAGGACGGUAGUAGAAGACAAAUGUAUCAACCUGGAGAUGAAUGUUUGGCUUGUCUUAAAGACUUAAAAGAAUACCUUCGCCUAGAAGGACAAGUUAAAAUUGAUGUUCUACAUCUACUUUACAAUUUUGAGACGUUCAAUUCAGAUUUAAUACCUAUUUUAUUAAAUUGUACAAAUCUUCACGAUAAACGUCAAAAUCGGCUUGCUUUAGCUUGUGUUGAGUUGAUGGUUAUCAUGACCUGGCCUGAAGAUCCGAACGAACAGUCACGAGAAAUAUUGGAAAGAGAAAAUGAUGAAAGUGGUAUUGAUAUCGACUAUAAUGAAAAUAAUGAAGAACACAAUAAUAAAAAGAGAAAAGAGCCAACUCUUUCUAAAAUAAGCGAACUUUUGACUGCCCGAUCCAAUUAUAAAUUUUAUAUUCUCAAAAAAUCGACAGUCAUACAACAAAUUUACCUUUUAUUGGAUAAAUAUCUUGGUAUAGUAACAAAAGAAAGGACAGAACGGGAUCAAAACAUCAUUCGACUUUUGCUCAAUUUUUGUCGGAAUUUAUUAGCGAUUGUUGACCCACCAAAUUCUGAAAGUCUCUCAAAAAAUAAAAGAAGUCGAGUUCAUUAUGACUUGAUUUUAGAAUAUAAAAAUGCAAGACUUAUUGACCUUUUCCUUAACCUUUUAACGAAUAAAAAUGAUGUCAUUGAUUGGGAUGUUAUACUUAUUGAUAUUUUCUAUCAUAUAUUUCUCGGGGUCAAUCCUAAUUGCUUAUUUAUAGAUAUUAAAAGAGAAACGAUAUGGAAAGCCCAAAAAUUAUUAAACGAAGAGAUGGCCAAAAAGGGAAAGCUUAAUAACGUAAAUCCACAUUAUAAAGGUUCAGUUUGGAUUAUAAACCCCGACGGUCCUGAUCUAGUAGUUCACAAACAAAAAGCAUUAAAAGGCGAUGGUUUACAAGCAUUAGAUGAUAUAAAGAGGAAGAAGUAUGAGAGAACAAAGCCAUUAGAUGAAUUCGAUAAGUUAAGAAAACAUCAAAUUCUCAAUCCUAAUGUGCAAGAUUGUUUGAAAUCGACUGCAUUGUCCUUUCUUGAAAAUGGAUUUAAAUUUUUGCUAAGAUCCCUCAAGAAAGACUUGAUAAAUGGAGAAUAUGAUGAAAUCCCGCAAACUAUGGUGCACUACUCAUACAUAGUUCGCUAUUUUCUCGAAUUACGAUUAUUGUUGAAACAAGGAAAUACAAUUGAUCCGGAUUGUAUGUUGUCAUCAUCGUCGUCAAUUGACGAUCGACGAAAGGAAUCCAAUUCAAAAAAUCUUUAUGACUUCGAGAUUAUUUCAAAGAUAAUGGAUGGAGAAGGAAUUUUACUAGCAUAUAGAAUGAUAAGGCUUUUGAGAGAAAAAAAAUUAUGGUCUGAACUUCAUUUUGCGGUUGAAUAUUUAAGACAAAAUUUUUUGACCAUAAAAGUAUUGGCAUCAUCAGAUGACAUAGAUGAAAUAUGGAUCGCUAAUGAAUUGCAAUCAGAGAUUUGUCAGGAAUCGUUAAACUUAGAAAUAAUUCCAGAACUUGUUAGAGAAUACAAAUCUCAUUCUCACUCAAUUGGAUAUUUACGGAGUGUAAUCGCCACAGCUCACGUGUUUUUACAUUUGCUUGAGAACUGCGUAAAAUCAAAUAAGUAUGUUGAAACAUGCAAGAAGUCACGGCCUCGUAAAAAAAAGAAUCGUACAACUAAAGAAACUUUUGAUUCAGAUUAUUAUGAGAAAAGUGAGAACGAAGAACAUAAUAUUAAUUAUAAAGCCACUUUUGAAAAGAUUGAAAAUAAAUUUGCGAAUGAAAUUACGGUUAAAAAUUAUAUAAUAUUGUUGGAAGAAUAUCAAGAAAUCGAUUCUGAAAGCAUCAAACACGUUACAAUGAUGUUCUUCCGAAUUGCCAAACACUGUCAAUUAGAGGCUAUGUUCUUCAAGCUUUCUAUUAUGGAGGUAUUUAAUCGUAUACUAAAGGAUUAUUCAAGCACUAAACAAAGAUUGAGCCAUUCACAGGAGAAUUUGAAAAUUUUCAUUGAAUGGAUAGUCAAUAAACUUACUGCUCAAUUAGAAAAAAAUCCAUUAAUUUAUAUUGAACUCUUGUUUCCUAAAAACGUUACUGAUGUGAAGUUAUUGCAAAAUGGAUAUAUAUACGAAAUCGAAAAUAAAAAACGGUUGAGGCCACACAAAGUUGAUAGCGCUGAUGCAAAAGAAGCUGAAAUGCCUCAUGAAUUACAAAAACAAUCUAAAAAUUAUGAUAAAAUAUUAAAAACUAGAAAUCCACGUAAAUUCCGAAAGAAACAUCUAAAUACUGUUGAAUUUGAGUGCAAGUCUUUUCUUGAUUGGCCUUCAAAAAUUGGAGUGGUUGUCGCCAUACUUGUUAAUGAGGGAAAAUUGCCAAUAUUACAAUGGCUUCAAACAACUAUGCAUAUGGUUGUCCGAAAACGAAGUAAAGCUGCAGAUGGUCAAGAACCAUUGGAUUAUAUAAUUAAGUAUGAAAACGAAGAACAAAGGAAAGCACUUAAUAGCGAUCCCAUAAUCAGAUUACUUCUCGAGUUAAUUUCGUAUGUACCAAAAUCGGAAGAAAAAGAUGGUAGAAUCGAACAAUAUUGGAUUAUUCCAGGUUAUGUUCCAGAACAAGACCUUUUAGCUUCAGUUAAUUGGAUACAAAAUUACGUGGAAGAACCUUAUAAACCAUCUGAGGGAACCGUGUUUGACUUUAUUCAAGAAAAAAAAAUCGAACCACAAAAACGAAAACCACGUAAUAAACGGAAAAAGAAGGAGGUUGAAAUUGAAUUGCAACAGAACGAAAAAAUGGAUGAUACGGGAAAGUCCGAGAAGUAUAGUAGUAAAAGGACAAAAUGUGACACAAACGAUAUUGAUGAGCUGGAUAAAGUACAAGACAAAUCAGGCUUUACCGAGAAAGAAAUUGAAACCUCUUCCGGAAAAAAGAUCACACCGGACUGACGACAAUAUCCUGCAGAAUUGGAAUACAUCAUAGUCCUAAAUAAAUGUAUAUUUUUUUUAAUUACUUUAUGACAAUAUACUGAAUAAAAAAUAUUUUUUCUGUUUAUUAAGUGCCUUUAGUGCCUUUAUUAAUUUAUUACAGAUUUUACAAUUCA